CCAUGGAUGUACCCCGGCUAUUUCUUCUCCUCCUGUGUGCCCUCCACCUGACCUUGACCAGAGUGUUGAGCAAACACAUAGAUCACAGAAACCUGGUCAGGCAGAGACUGUGCUGCAAAAGACAGAGCCACUUUGUCUACAUUGGACAAGACAUCUCUGGGAGUCCUGUCAGUGUUGAUGUGGGAAUGUGCAGGUCUCACUGUGGGGGAACAUCCAGGCCGUCACAUGAGGCAGGACCGCAGGAUUACUCCAAACAUUCCUCAAUGCUGGAAUUUCUCAGGAGCAAGAAACUGAGAGCGCCCGGCCCUGCAGCUCCAGAGAGCCCGGGACCGCUGAACCAGCUGCCCUCCUGCGGGAUGAACCAGGUGUGUGAGCCGACCGGGAUGCGUGUGGACCGGCUACUGCUGCUGGAGGGACCCCGGGAGGUGGAGGUCAUCGAGGAGUGCCACUGUGAGAUCAAGCCGACCCAAUGCAUCCGCGUCCCGGCACUGAGGACUUACUACUUCGAGACUCCCUAUGAGACAGUCAUCGACGUGGGAGGAUGCUCCAAAUCCAAGGGCUCACCAGAGGGAUUUUCUUGUGUCCCCACCAAGUUUGACUCUGCAUUGGUGGAAACCCCCAACAAAGUGGACGUCAUCCAGACAGUGGCGGCCUGUGAGCUGAAGGAAAGCUGCUACAGAGUCCCAUACGUGGAGUAUUACUAUGAAAUAGUCCAACAUGCAGAUGGAAUCAAAGAGGAGAGGCUCAAAGAAAUAGAUGUGGGCAGAUGUUUGGGAGGCUGCACUACAGGAAACCGCUGCCUUCUCAGGAGUCCAGCUGAUCCAGCAAUCUGCCACUUAUGGGCGGAAAGACAGUCCAGCUCCUGUGUUCCUCAGGGCUACGAGAGCCACAGCUUCCUCAACCAGCAUGGGCAGAUACGCACAGUCCUCUCCAUCACUUCCUGCCUUUGCCAAAACUGAACACUGCGCCCCCUACAGGAAAACAACCGCCAAUCUCUUCUCAGGAGUUGAAGUGUUUUUAUUCACAGUCCAAUGAUGACACCAUCAGAUACUAUAACAUUUGUUUAAGACCUUGCUGCCCCAAAGAUUUAUUGUAUUAUAUGUAAUAUAUGUAAAAAUGAUAAUUUUGUAAAUAAAUUUAAUACGAAAACCUGUAAGGAUUUGUCCUUGGACCACUGUACAACACUCAUCCUUUUUCUUUCUCUUAUG